AUUAAUUACUUUAUUUAAAAUGAAUUAGCAUAUUUCAUAUGAUGAAUUUGAUAGCAAUCAUUCAACAAAGAGUUGGUAUGACAUUUAUUUAAAUUUAGUGAGAGUAUUUCAGAUGAAUAAUUGGAUGAAGUAAUGCCUUGCCAAAAAAAGAAUAAAAAGGUUUCCUACAAAGUAAAAGUUAAAACUGAAGUAAAUUUGUUAAUAAAUUCUGUCUAGAUUUGUAAAUAUUGGGCCAUUGAAGGAUAUUGUCCUUAUGGUUAAUAAGUAAUAUAUAUUUAUAAAAAUUAGUGUGCCUUUGCUCAUGGAAAAGAUGAAGUAAGAUAAAAAAUUCAUGUUCCAACAAAUUACAAGACUAAAACUUGUAAAAAUUACACCUAAGAUGGGUAUCUAUCAUAUUUAAUAUUAAAGUUAUUGUUGUUAUGGAGAAAGAUGCCAAUUUAAACAUCCUGAAAAGAAGACAAAUAAAUUACCAACUAUCCCUUACUAAAUAUUGUUAGCCAAUAUUAAUCUCUUGUUUGCUUCUCAAAGGUACAUUUAUAAACUUAUGUUAGUAAAUUAUAAAAACGAAGUAAAGGAUUACCAAAAUUAAUUAAAAACUCUAACAAUCCUGAAAAAUAAUGA